AUGCGUACCGAUGUUGGAGAUAUGAAUGUUCCUGAGAAGGGAGCUCGAAAGCAUUUGGAGGAGAAAAUUUUCAGACGCCAAGAUUCCUCUAUCGAUGCUCCAGUUAGGGCAAAUAUAAGGACUGGCGAUGUUGCAUCAUCCUUGUUGGAGACUGUCGGUUUCCCAUCCUUGUCAGUUUGUCAGCAUUAA